AUGAACAUUCGUCAAGCAUCCCUCAAAUCUAACAGUCGCACAUCUUCAUCCACAUCCAAAAGAUCCGUGCCCCACGAUCCAGGGCAACCCAAAGUUUCGCAGCCAAAAAAGAAAUCGAAAAAGUCACCUCACCCACAUACUGCUCACGUCAAUGAACGCGACAUCUUGCCAAGUAGCGCAUUGUUAUCCAAGCUUUCCGAGGUUUCAACUUAUCAUCGGGCCCUUCUCUUGAAAAAGCACCAAGAAACAGAAUUACGCGAGCUCGACCAAUUACUCUCGAACGCGCCAUUUUCUAAGUCUAAAAAUGAGCAAUCGAAUUCGAAGGACAGGCUACUAAGAGUCCUACGCUGGAAGCUGCUUCGCGGCCAAUUCCGGGCGACUCUGCCGGCUCUAGUUUCUCAGAACUCGACUGAAAGCGUGGACAAGGUGAUCGAAAACGCCCUCGAGCUGCUGAGCGCUUGUCGGACUGUUGAUCAAGCCUUGCAAUCGGGCGCUCUCACCACGAUGUGCGAGCUCAGAGGGAUCGGGCCAGCCACGGCUGCCGCCUUUCUGUCGUUCGAAGCGCCGGAUCUAAUCGCCGUCUUCUCAGACGAAGCCGCCUCGUUCUUCGAAAACAGUCUGGGUCCAAUCAAGUACACCCUCCCUUUCUAUAAGAGAUUUGUUGAGUGUAUGCAAGUGACGCUUCAGGAGUUUGCCGGACUGGACAACAGCUGGGAUUUGCGUCGUUUGGAAAGGGCGUUGUGGACAUUUAGAGUACUCGAAAAGUAUAUGACGACGGAGGAAUGGAAUCAGCUGAUCAGUCCUACGAAUAUCCAGCCGGAGCCUUCUCGCACAACGUCCGACUUUUCCCCGGGCCAAUCAGACCAUCCAUAG